CGGAAGCGGCGCGCUGAUUGGGCGCGGCGCCGAGGUAAUGAUGAAAGGCGAGCGCUGAUUGGCUCCCGCGCUCUCCCCUCACGGAGAGGCGCUCGGCGGGGCCGGGACCGGGACCGGGCCGGAGCCCGGGGCGGCGGCGGCGGCGGGGCCAUGGCGGAGCCGGGCUGCGGGGCCCAGUUCCGGGCCGCCGUGCGCGUCAUCCAGGGGCUGCCCCGCAGCGGCUCGUACCGGCCGUCCUACGAGGAGAUGCUGCGCUUCUACAGCUACUACAAGCAGGCGACGGCGGGGCGCUGCCAGGGCCCCCGGCCCGGCUUCUGGGACCCCAUCGGCCGGUACAAGUGGGACGCCUGGCACAGCCUGGGGAGGAUGACCAAGGAGGAGGCGAUGGCCGCGUACGUGGCCGAGAUGAAGAAGGUGGCCCAGAAGGUAGCGGGGAGCGGGGGGCCCGGCCCGGUGCCUCCCGCCGGGCCCCGCCGCAGCUGUGGCCGUCCCCAGGUCAUCGACACCGUGCCCAUGGACGAGGCGACGCGGGAGAUGUUCAAGUACUUCGAGCCGCUCUACGAGGUGAUCCGCGACAUGCCGCGGCCCCCCGAGGACUUCUUCAAAGGGGAAGGGGAUGGGCAGGAGCAGGCGGCCGACCCCAGCCAGGACGAGCAAGCGAGCGGCCCGGCCGCGGAGCAGCGGGAGGACGUGCUGCCCGAGGAGCUGCAGGACGGGCAGCAAGCGCCAGGAGGAGGGCUGGCUCCUGCUGCCGACACGCGCGAGGGUAGCCAGGUGGCCAGUGACUCUGAGGGGGAAGUGUUCUGCGACACCCUGGAGCAGAUGGAGCCCGAGCAGGCUGGGCAGCCGCUGGGCAAGCAGGGGCUCUCCCUGAACAGCGCCCAGGCCGGGCCUGAGCCCCGAGCGCCCCGUGCCGCUGGGCGGGGAGAGCGGGGCGAAGGCAGAAGACGAGCGGGGAGGAGCGGCACUGGCCUCGCAGCCCCGGGCUCUGACAGAGAUCCGCAGCUUGCUGGGGCAGCACAGGAUGCCGAGAGCGCCCCUGAGCUUGCCCACGGGAGCCAGGGGCUGCUGCUGGAGGUGGACGCCCACGUGGCCGGCACCGUGCGGGCCCUGCAGGACGACAUGCAGCGCGUGCUGCAGCGCCUGAGCGAGCUGGAGACGCUCACCUCUGUGCAGGGGGACGCCUCUGGGGCUGAACCUGGCCGGCUGCUUGCACCGCAGGCAGCGUUCCCGUGGCCGCUGGCGGUGUCCCCGCGCACGCUGCUGUUCCUCAUCGCCUGGCCCUUCGUCACCCAGUGGCUGCUGCGCCGCUGGCAGGGCACCAAGAGGUGACCGCCGCGGGACGGCCCCGCUCCGCCUGCCCCCACCGCCACCGCCCUCCUGCCUGCUUCUCACGAGCCGGGAAAGCGCCGGGACCGCCGCACCCCCACCCCCCACCGCCGCCUUCCUGCCACCGGCGGUCCCCGGCCCCGAGGGAGCCGAGCUGCGAGCCCGGGACCCCCCGGGACCCCCCGGUACUCCCCCCUCGCAGCCGGCCCCGGGUCGGGGCGGGGCCGCCUCGCACCGCCGCUCCCAGCCGCUGGGCCCGGCCCCGCACGCACGGGGGCGCCCGAGCGCUGCCCGCACCCGCGGCGCCGCCAUCACACAGCGGGGAGCGGGGCCGGAGCCCCCCGGGGGGGCCCGCGGGGAGCCGGGGGAGCUGCGGGGGCCGAGGCCCCAUUAAAGCGUUGCCUUCUCA